CUCAGCAGGUAGCACCAGAUCAUGGAAGGAAAUCAGACCCAGACUGAAUUCAUCCUGUUGGGAAUUACAGACAGCCCUCUUGCGCUGACCCCUCUGUUUGUGUUGUUUCUGUUGAUUUACAUUGUCACUCUGGUGGGGAACUUUGGCAUUAUCAUCUUGGUUCGGGUGUCUCCCAGCCUCCACACCCCCAUGUACUUCUUCCUCACCCAUUUUGCCUUCAUUGACAUCUGCUAUUCCACAGUCAUCUCCCCCAGGUUGCUGGCAGACCUGUUAUCAGAGGACAAAACCAUUUCUUUCUCUGGCUGCAUGAUGCAGUUCCUCACCUUUGCUUUCUUUGCUAUUAGUGAGUGUCACCUGCUGGCCAUGAUGGCCUAUGACCGGCACGUUGCUAUCUGCCAGCCCCUGCUUUAUGUGACCAUCAUCUCCAGACGCGUCUGCUGGCAGCUGGUAGCAUCAUCCUACUUAUUUGCCUUCCCCAGUGCCAUCAUCUUCACAUGGUGCGUGUUUGGAGGUUCCUUCUGUGGUCCCAACCGCAUUGACCACUUCUUCUGCGACGUCGUCCCUGUGCUAAAGCUCGUGUGCUCCGACAUGCACAACAGCGAACUGAUGGCCUGGGAAAACUGGACUACGGUGACAGAGUUUGUUUUCAAGGGGUUCACAGAUUGCCUCGACUUCCAGGUUACCCUCUUUGUGCUUUUCCUGCUCAUCUAUGUCACCACCGUGAUAGGAAACCUUGGCAUCAUUGCUGCAGUCUGGCUUGAUUCCCAGCUUCAGAGCCCCAUGUACUUCUUCCUCAGCCACUUGUCCUUCUUGGAUCUGUGCUACUCCUCCGUGGUGACACUCAAAAUGCUGCUGAACCUCUUGUCUGAAAGGAAGACUAUUUCUUUUGCUGGCUGCUUCCUACAGCUCUAUAUCUAUGCUGCUUUUGCAGUCACAGAGUGCUACCUCCUGGCUGGGAUGGCAUAUGACCGCUAUGUUGCCAUCUGCAACCCUUUGCAUUACCCCAUCCUCAUGACCAAGAAGGUCUGUGUUUCCCUCUUAGCUGGGUCCUAUGCAGUUGGGCUUUUUAAUUCAACCAUCUUCACAGGCUUUGCAUUGAGGGUGCUCUUCUGUGGCCGCAAUGUCAUUGACCACUUCUUCUGCAAUGGGCCACCACUCUCAAAGUUGGCUUGCUCUGAUACUUCCCUCAACCAAGUGUUGCUGUUUGCUUUUGGGGGCUUCAGUGAGGUCGCCACAAUAUCAGUCAUCCUCAUCUCCUAUGGCCACAUCCUCUUCACCAUCAUGAGGACAGGCUCUGUGCUGGGCAAAGCUUUUGGUACCUGUGAAUCCCACCUAGUGGUUGUCACCAUCUUCUAUGGGACCCUUAUCUUCAUGUACCUACGGCCCAGCUCCAGCUACAACCUGGGCAGGGACAAAAUAGUUUCUGUCUUUUACACCACGGUGACCCCAAUGUUGAACCUUUUCAUCUACAGCCUGAGAAACAAGGAGAUAAAGAGUGCUCUGAAGAGAACAGUGGGGAGAAUGAUUAUUUCCCUGCCAAAGUGGUAAAUGGUUUGUCACUUAGACAGUGAUGGGAGUGGGGUUGGUGUUUUUUGAGUCUUUUUGAG